AUGUCGCAGCGGAAUGGGGCCAAAUCGCCCUCGCCCGAUAGUCACGUGGAGGUCUUCUCAUACCGCAGUUCACGCGCGGGAAGUGAAGCCCCGCAACGCGCACACGAUUCCCUCGCACGAUCCCCGCGAUCUUGCAGAAGUUCACGCGCGGGAAGUGAGGCACCACAACGCAUACGCGAUGGACCACAACAACAACAACAACACUCACUGCGUAGCUCACCAGGGAAUGUAUCUAUUUCAGGGGAUGUACGAAUAGAGGAUGAAGAUAUGAUCGCAAGGGAUGGUGUUGCGGUAAAGGAUGGGUAUUCCAAUAGUAAACGGAUAAGAAAGCAUGCGGUGGCCGCUGCAGGUGCUGGUGGAUGGUCAUCCACAAAUACAAAAGGGCAUCGACGGACAUCACAUACGAAUGAAGCUAGAGAGAUGGAAAAUGCUUUAUAUCAUUCUGUUCCCCAUGCUGGAUGGUCUUUUAAGUUUUUACAAAAACUAUGCUAUCCAUUUGAUGUACCAGCACCUUUGGGGAAUGAUCCUUCAAAAAGUUGUUCUUCUAACAUUGAUGAAAGUGCUGAGUAUGAGGCAACUGGAGAACUGCAUAUUACGAAUGCUGUAGAGCUUCCUGAUACCCGCAGUGUUUUGCGGAAUGAAACAGAUAACGUAGAGAAUGGUGUUAGCACCUUGGCGAUGUGUAUGAUGCCAGAUCCAGUCCAAGGUUCUCCUGUACUAGCAUUAUGUAUAGGAGAUGUAAAUGGACGUAUUAAUUACUGUGAACUAGAAGUAAACCACGUUAAACAUGCAUUAUCUUCUUCGUGUAUAUCAAGAAAGAGUAAAUCUAAUAUUAGCACAGGAAGUCGUAGUCAGACAGAUGUUGAUAUAACGAGCUAUGCUACCUCCCUUAUCUCAGAUCAAUCUUUUUAUUCAGAUAUUUAUGGAUUUCAACGACCACCUCUUCGAAAACACAGUCAUCAAGCCUACGUUCGUGAAAUGGAUUGUCUUACAUCUACUACAAUUUCACAAUCCGUUAAGACAUUAAGUUUUUUGCGACAACAUGAAUCACCCAAUACUAUAAGCUAUUUAACUUCAAAUGAGCGAGUUAUUAAGCUUUUUCGGGUUCAGCGAGAGGGUUUCUCACCAUUUCAUGCAUUUCCAUCUAUGGAAGCCGUUAUAGGAAAGCGAUUGGCAUAUACACGUUAUUUUCCUCGUGCUGCCCCGUCUUUUCCUAUUCUUCCUGUUCGUGUUUUUUCUGGUUGCCACAUGAGUCCUGUGCAGGAUCUUAGUGUCUGCGCAGAUGGAGAGUCUUUUCUGAGUGUGGAUGACCUGCAAGUAUUUUGGUGGAAUAUGGAAUGUGAAGAUACAUCGAAAGGUACAUGUAUCGCUGACUACAGACCACUCUCAGGACGUAUGGAUGAAGUAGAAGAAUUAGUUACUUCUGCUGCUUUUCAUCCAACGCAUAGUUCCCUCUUUUUGGUUAGCCUAAGUUCUGGUUUACUUGGUAUUGGAGAUCUACGUGACUCGGCAUCAGGAGCAGCACGGAAGUAUUCUAGUUCGGUACGUAUUAAUGAGGACUCUAAUUUUUCUAUGCAAGAGCAAUACGGUGAAGUUCUUUGUAGUAUUUCAGGAGCAGAUUUUUUGGGCUCUUGUCACGUGGUGACACGCGACUAUCUCUCACUGAAACUAUGGGAUCUUCGACGAACAGAUAAACCAUAUUCUGUUGCUCCUGUUAUGAAUUAUGUAACUCCAUAUUUAGAUUCUCUUUAUGAAAAUGAUUCUAUUUUUGAUCGUUUCCCAGUUGCGGUCGAUCAUAUUUCUAAUACAGUGGUUACUGGACUAUACGAUGGAGCUGCUGCAGUCUGGCAGCCAUUUCAAAAUGGUCGUAUUCCCCCAGAGGAUGUUCUUGUGCAUUAUCACGCCGAUCCACUUGCACUUCCAUGUGAAGUAGAGAAUGGUGGUCGUACAACCGUAGAAGCGCUGGGUAUGUCAUUAGCGCGUGGUUGGAAAACUCCUACGAUUUUCGCUGCGGCCACUUGUAGUCUUGCAACGAAUGCUGGUGAUGAUGAGAUGAAUGCAGGGGUCGAGCCUGCUGUGCAGAUGCUCCAAGACGAUAUACCGGAACCUAUCGCCAACAAAACGGUGUGUCUUGCUGUAGCUGACGGUGGGGAGCGGUUUGCACUGACAUGCAAUGACGGACGUUAUAUUAUGGUGUUUGAGCGUAAAACCUCAACAGACAAUCCAGUAGCAUCUGUAGGGAUCAGAUGA